UCGGAAGACAUCGACUAUCGUGGCCAAAUGAAACCCUUCUGCGGAGGUCUGUUAUUCGCCCUCUUGGUGGGCGGGAGCCUGGCUGCUCCCCACGGAGGACACGCCACCAGCUACAGCUCGCUAGUCAAGCACGAGGAGCCCGUCCACAAGAGCCUGGGCCACGGAUACGACCACGACCUGAUCAGUGUCUACGGGGGCAACUACGGACACGGCUACCCCAGCCUCGGCCUCGGCCACCCCGGCUACGGCUACGGGUACGAGAAGCACGAGCCCCACCACUACCCCAAGUACCACUUCGACUACGGGGUCAAGGACGCGCACACCGGGGACCACAAGAGCCAGUGGGAGACACGGGACGGGGACAAGGUCAAGGGCAGCUACUCCCUCAAGGAGUCGGACGGCACCACCCGGGUGGUGGAGUACACCGCCGACGAUCACAACGGCUUCAACGCGGUGGUCAAGAAACUGGGCCACGCCGUCCACCCGCAGGUCUACCACAAGGGCUACGGCCACGGCGACGUCUACGGAUCCGACUACGGCUACGGACACGAUGUGGCGCACUACGGCGGCUACGGAUACGGACACGGCGGACACGCCAGCAGCUACGUGAGCGUUAAGCAACUGCACUGAUUCAAGGACCUCCGACAACGAUUUGUAACCGAUGAUAGCCAGAACGAUCUGAAAAAAAAUACUUAACCAAACCAUUUAACCAAGCAACAAAAUGAC